AUGGAACAAACCAUUCUUCAAGAGAAUUUGGCGACAGCCAAUGCUCCGAAGUACUCAGGAUACGACUCGGACCUGACUGACUUAGAGGAUUUAAACCCUGCACCUGUACCUGCAAAGAAGCCGAACGCUCCACAACUUUCCAAGAAGACCCCAAAGAAGCCCAAGGCACCUGCCAAGCGCAAAACUGGACUCAAGACCUCAGCUUUCCGAUCUCACGAAGUUCCCAAACACCUGCUGCCUCAGACUCCCGCUCAUCACUUCGACAGCGUCUACCGCCGACGGUCCCAAGUCGCACAUCAUCUGCACCGCGAGUUCAAUGCCCCAUCUGCAACCCAAAUUCGUGUCGAUUUCGACCUCGCCGUCGCCACCGGCCGGUGA